UGUAUCAGUGACAUAUUGUUCUUAUUAGUCUCUAUUAUUUUAAUAGUAGCAUAAAAUGGGGAAUACGGAAAGCAAUGUUACAAGCGGAGUUAAAAAACAAGCGGGCGCAUCUAUGCAAGCGAUUUAUAAACUGUGUGACAUGAAAGGAGGAGGAUUAUUGGUCGAAUUGAUGAAACGGGCAGUACAAAAUAAGCAGUACGCCGAAAUUGAUCACGCUAUUAAAACAAAGAUUGAACCUCUACUCUACAACAAAGGAAAGGGAAAGUACAUCCCUAUAAGCCAAUUGGUCUUGUUGCGUAACAAAGAGAGGGCGCGCCACAAGCUAUUACCCCCACUGAAGUCUAUGGAAAAUCCCGAUGACUUCGAAAUAGACGAAGAUAGUCCCGAUGUAACAGAAGAAGAAUACCAAAAAAAUCCAUCGAUGUACAGAUUCACGUGCUGGAAAAUUAAAGACCGAGGAGCAGUUGGAGAGACCAUACUUCAUCUGUGUUUACUCCACGCCACUGCCAUACAUGCGGAUAUCGCAAAACGAGUACUGCGUUUUUAUCCCAAACUCAUCAACGAUAUCUACUUGGCUGACGAAUACUACGGUGAAAAUGUCUUGCAUAUCGCUGUAGUGAAUGAGGAUCCGGGGAUGGUAAAGUAUCUUUUAGAGUCUGGUGCAAAUUUUGAGGAAAGGUGUUUUGGCAACUUUUGGUGUCCGGAAGAUCAAAAGUCUUCCAGGCAGGAUUCUUUGGAUCAGGAAGUGGUACUUGUUUCACCCGAAACAAAUUAUAAGGGGUAUGUCUAUUGGGGAGAAUAUGCUCUGAGCAUUUCAGCCUGUUUAGGACAAGAGGAAUGUUAUCGUCUAAUAUUAGCCAAGGGAGCGGACCCCAACGUUCAGGACACAAACGGUAAUACAGCACUGCACCUUCUGAUCAUUUACGAAAAAAUGGACGCCUUCGACAUGGCAUACGAAGUGGGAUCCAGUCUGUCGAUAAAAAAUGUGUUAAAUCUAACACCGCUAACCCUGUCAGCAAAACUGGCCAGAAUCGAAAUGUUUUAUCACAUAUUAAACUUGGAGCGAGAAAUCUAUUGGCAAAUUGGAAGCAUAACAUGCGCCGCUUACCCUUUGUCGCAAAUCGACACGAUUGACAUGGAAACUGGUCAAAUAAGCCCUACGUCUGUUUUAAACUUGGUCGUGUUUGGGGACAGAGACGAACACUUAGAGUUAAUGGAUGGGGUUGUUAUUGAUUUAUUAAACGCCAAGUGGAACACUUUCGUGAAGAAUAAGUUUUAUAGGCAAUUCUUCACGUUUGCGUUCUACUUCCUGAUUUCGCUGGUAUGCUUCACCUUGCGACCUGGUGUAACCAUCACAAGUUCCGUAGCUUCCAAAGUAGCUAAUCAAACCAGCUCUAGCACAAAACCUGUGGACGUACAAAAUUUAUCACUGAUAUUAAAUGAGUCUCUCAAGAUUCUGCCAAAGUUGCAAGGUGAACACCACAACUCACCUGCAUCACGGAACGGGACAGCAGACGACAACGACGUGGAUGAUUGGUGGAAUAACUUACAAGAAGAGUGUCGAUUAAUGCAGAUUAAUUCUACCGAAUCUAAAGUGAGGAUCCUAGCCGAAUUCGGAAUACUGAUCGGUGCGUUCCUUUACUUAACUUCCGCCGUUAUGGAAGCGAAAUUUUUGGGCCUGCGAAUGUUUUUUGAAAACCUGACGAACGCCCCUUCAAGAGUAAUGUUUUUGUUUUCGUGUAUACUUGUGCAGAUUGUGCCUUUUUUAAGGCUCUCCUGCAAAGAAGAUGCCGAAGAUACCGUCACAGUAGUAAUCAUGAUCACUACGGCGCCCUACUUUCUAUUCUUCUGCAGAGGGUUCAAAACCGUCGGUCCCUUCGUGGUGAUGAUUUAUCGUAUGGUCAUGGGUGAUCUACUGCGAUUUGCUGCUAUUUAUAUGGUGUUUGUAAUGGGAUUUUCACAAGCUUACUACAUCAUCUUCUUGUCUUAUGACAAUCCUCUAACACCAGAGGACGUGGACGAUUCUGCAACAAAUCCGAUGUCAAGCCCCAUAGAGUGCGUCACCGCCAUGUUUCUAAUGUCACUCACGAACUUUGGCGAUUACUACGUUGCAUUUGAGAAGACCGAGCACGAAUACGUCGCUAAGUUGCUGUUUGUCAUUUACAUGGUAAUUGUCGCCAUACUGCUGAUUAACAUGUUAAUUGCCAUGAUGGGAAAUACUUACCAAAAGAUAGCCGAAACACGAAACGAGUGGCAAAGACAGUGGGCUAGAAUUGUUUUAGUGGUUGAAAGGGGAGUAAAUCCCACAGAGCGAUUGAAACAGCUAAUGGUUUACUCACAACCCAUGUCAGAAGGGACGCGGGCUUUGGUGCUUCGAUUAAAUCAAACGGAAGCAGAUAAAGAAGAAAUGAAAGAGAUUCUGGAAAUAAAACGUCGCCAUGACCGAAACGUAAAGAAAUUACAACAAAGAAAAGAGGACCAGAAGAAGAAAGCAAACUAAAUAUUCAAUGGAUUAUCAAAGAAGGUCCUUUGGGAUGUGUAGGCAAGAUGACUUUUGUUCUGCAACCCAGGCGUAAUUAGGGCUAAUCAUUAAAACUUAAUACUAAUGUUGUGUGUACGAGUAU